AUGGCUACAGGAAUUUUCUCUCCACUGAUCACCAGAAUUCGGCGAAGGAUUGAACGCGUUGAGGGAAUUAACCUGUCGGAAAACUACACCAGACUAGAGCUUCGCGAGGAUUUUUCCGAAAUAACUAUACAUAACACAAAUCCUGCAGAAAAUGCAGAUUAUUUAGAAGUAUCAUCUAAAGAUGGCAACGUUAAUGCUGUUGGCGUAGAGACGGCAAAUGGCCAUUCAACUUCGGCGGAGAACGAAAAUUUUGUCAUUAAAGACCGCACAAGCAAUUCCAAGACAAAAACGAUCGCCUUUCUGGGAAUUGCUUUAACCAUAGUAGCGUCUUUAUUAUUUUCUGCAAACUCUCUACUGAUUAAACUAGCCGAGAGCAUCCCAAGUUUGGAGGUGGGAUUCAUGCGUCUGGCAUUAGGCUUUGUGUUUUCACUGCCAGUGGUGAUAUUUUUCAAUGAUAAACUUAUCCAUCCAUGGAAAAAGGUCAGCUUUUUACUUCUGCGAGGAACAAUUGGUGCCACGGGGAUGAAUUUAAAUAUUUUCGCCGUAAAGCAUAUGCCUUUAGCUGAUGCAAGAGUUAUCAUUUUUACCUCACCUGUGUUUACAGUUCUUCUUGGGCGCAUUUUCCUCAAGGAAAAAGUGACCAAGUUUGAUGUGAUGGCUAUGGUGCUGAGUUUAGGAGGGGUGGUCUUGAUUGGGAGACCUUCAUUCCUGUUCGGGUCAAUAGGCAAAAGUUCUAGCUCGAAACAAGUCUGGUUGCCCACUAUUUUGGCCCUUUGUGGGGCAUGUAGUCAAGCGUUAGGCAUUAUCAUGACACGCAAGAUAUCUCAAGAGUUGCCUGCUAGAGUGGUAGUGUUUUAUUCAGGAUUAGCUGGAACUGUGAUUAGUCUAUCAGCCUCAUUGAUAUUUGGCGGAUAUAAGUACCCCGACUGUGGAACCUACGACACCUUUUACAUCAUGGGCUCUGCAUCUGUUGGCUAUAUUGCACAGUUAAUUGUGACAAAAGCCUUGAGUAUGGAGAAAGCCUCUGUUGUUUCCCUUGUGCGGACUGUUGGAAUUGCUUUCUCAUUUAUCUUGCAGUUGACUGUACUCCAUGUUGCUCCAAAUGGGCUGAGCAUUGGUGGAGCUUUUCUUGUGCUCCUUUGUAAUGUUGCUAUUUUCCUCAAAAAGUAUUUGGAUCAGAAAAAGAAGGUCAACCAGUCUUAG